GCUCUCUAACCAACUCUCUCUUUUCUCUCUCUGAGUGGAGUGUGUGUGUGAAACUAAGCAAAAUUUCAACAAAACAGAUUCAUGAAAGCUAUAUAGUACAUGGUAGCUAAAGCACUUUUUGAGGAGGUGAUCCAUUUUGUAUUUUGAUAAUUUAGAACCCAAAAAAGUCUAUUAAGUUUGAGAGAAUGUCGAUUUAUACAGUGAAGGUGGAAGAAUCGACUCCGGCGACCGAUCAAAAGCCGUCGGCGGGGCCUGUGUAUCGCUGCAUUUAUGCAAAAAACGCUCUCAUGGAUCUCCCACCCGGGCUGGACUCGCUCUGGGACUUCUUCAGUAGUUCUGUUCAGAGGAACCCCAAAAAUCGUAUGCUGGGUCGUCGUCAAAUCAUCGACUCAAAGGCGGGUCCGUAUGUUUGGUUCACAUAUGAGGAGGCUUAUGAUGCUGCUCUUCGGAUUGGUUCCGCAAUCCGGAGCCGCGGCCUCAAUCCUGGUGACCGGUGCGGUAUAUAUGGAUCCAAUUGCCCCGAGUGGAUAAUCUCCAUGGAGGCUUGUAACAGCCAUUGCAUAACCUAUGUACCACUGUAUGACACGCUCGGUGCAAAUGCCGUGGAGUUCAUCAUCAACCAUGCCGAAGUUUCCAUAGCUUUUGUUCAAGAGAACAAGAUACGGGCUAUACUAACAUGCCUCGCAAGGUGUACUUCACAUCUAAAAACUAUUGUCAGCUUUGGGGAGAUUUCGAGUGGGCAAAAGAAGGAAGCUGAAGACCUCGGUGUAUCUUGCUUCUCUUGGAAAGAAUUUGCUCUAUUGGGAAAUUUGGAUCACGAGCUUCCCAAAAAACAGAGAAGUGACAUCUGCACGAUAAUGUAUACGAGUGGAACGACAGGAGAGCCUAAAGGUGUUAUUUUAACUAAUGGGGCUAUCAUGGCAGAAGUUUUGUCUACAAACCAACUACUAUUAGAAACUGUCGAAGCGGGAACAGAAGAAGAUACAUAUUUCUCAUUUCUUCCCUUAGCCCAUAUAUAUGAUCAGAUAAUUGAAACCUAUUGCAUCUACAGCGGUUCUUCAAUAGGAUUUUGGCAAGGAGAUGUCAGAUAUUUGACUGAGGACAUUGUUGAACUGAAACCAACGAUGUUUUGUGGGGUUCCUAGAGUUUAUGACCGGAUAUACACAGGUAUAAUGGAGAAAAUCUCAGCAGGAGGAGCAUUGAGGAAGACACUGUUUCAAUAUGCGUAUAAUUACAAACUGAGGAAUCUGGAGAAGGGAUUGCAGCAAGACAAAGCAGCUCCUCUCUUGGACAAGCUCGUCUUUGAUAAGAUCAAACAAGGAUUAGGGGGACGAGUUCGUAUUCUAUUAUCUGGGGCUGCACCUUUGCCAAGACAUGUGGAGGAGUUUCUGAGGGUGACAUGCUGCUGUGUCUUAUCGCAAGGAUACGGUCUUACUGAAAGCUGUGGUGGAUGUUUUGCAUCCAUAGCCGAUGAGUUCUCCAUGAUGGGAACAGUUGGAGUCCCUAUGACAACCAUCGAGACAAGGCUCGAGUCAGUGCCAGAACUGGGAUACAAUGCACUUGCCAGUGUGCCACGCGGAGAAAUUUGCCUCAGGGGGAAAACCUUGUUCUCUGGCUACCACAAGCGGCAAGAUCUAACUGAAGACGUGUUCAUGGAUGGGUGGUUCCAUACAGGUGACAUUGGAGAAUGGCAGCCUAAUGGAGCAAUGAAAAUCAUUGACAGGAAAAAAAACAUUUUCAAGCUGUCUCAAGGGGAAUAUGUUGCUGUGGAAAGCAUUGAAAGCACAUUCUUGCAAUGCCCUCAUGUGACAUCUAUUUGGGUCUAUGGCAACAGUUUCGAGUCCUUCCUUGUGGCCGUUGUGGUCCCCGAUAGAAAGGCACUCGAGGAAUGGGCGGUAAACAAUAAUGAAACAGGAGAUUUCAAAUUAUUGUGUGCAAGCUCAAAGGCAAGGAAGUACAUUUUAGAUGAACUCAAUAGCACCGGUCAGAAAAACAAGCUUAGAGGUUUUGAAAUGUUGAGAGCAGUUCAUUUGGAGCCUUAUCCUUUUGACAUUGAAAGGGAUCUGAUAACUCCAACAUUUAAACUGAAGAGGCCACAGUUGCUGAAAUACUACAAGGACCGCAUUGAUCAGUUGUACGAUGAAGCCAAGGGAAAAAAGGAAUGAAAGCGGUGCGGGAAUGAUAUAUAGAGACGAGUAACAUGCUUUGCAGAAUAUGAUUUCAGUGAGGCAUAAGUUGAUAUAUUUCCCCCUGGAAACUUUGGAGAUGUUUAUUCUUGUUCAUGGUUGUGCUUAAUUUAAUAUUUCAUUCAAGUUUGUCGGAUUAAUCUUGUGUUUGCGAUCAUAAAUGAAUAUGAUUUCAUAAUUGGCAAUGGAUAUGGAAAGCCUUAGUUAUUUGCAA